AUGGACAUUCCUACGGCGGAUAACGUCAGCCUACCGGUGAUUUAUUCUGCGAAUAUGUCAACGGCCUGCUUACAGGAAAGUUGGUUUUCUGUUAGCAAACCGAUAUAAAGCUGGUCUUGCAGUAUCACUGCUCUUCACCCUUCCAGGACUCAUCCCCAGCACCGUCUCAAAGUUCCACAGCUAUCAACUCUCCAGUUAUUCGUAAAGUCAUAAUGAGCCGCGAUCUAUUUGUGCCCUCCGUCAUCCCCUGGUUCCGCGACAGGGCGGACGAAGUCAUGGAUCACAUUCACAGAUUGGCCAUCCCGAAUGAUACCAACGCGCCGUCCGACAUGUUCCGCCCUGCCCAGGUGCAGAAUGCCACCACUCAGCGGAACGUCCCCACCGCUGCCGAGCGGCUCAUCCGCUGGGACACUCUGCACCCCAAUGACGCGUUUUGGAAUGGCUUCCAGCCAUGGGUGUCGCCAUCGAACGGCAACUUUCCCGAUGAAGCAUUCAACCUCCGUCAGUAUGUCGUGACGAACGUCCGCUCAAUCUUUGUUGGCACGGCGCGGUACUACCGCAACAACCGCAACGCGCUCGUCCGCUGGCAGCCACGAGUGACGACAGCCACCCGGCACCGGUUCGAGUAUGAGAUAUUCGCUUAUGGUGGUAUCGACGUCAACCAUGUCCUGGGUGACGGUCAUCAGUAUGCGAACCAACACGAGAUUGCGUUCCCAGGAGGCAUCCGUCGUGAGUUCAUCCGGACCGCACGAGAGUACAGUGGGACACAGCUCGUUCGCAUCUGGGACAACCCGCGCUUCGACAAUGAGCUGAACCCGCGAGGCCAUAUCCCGCCACUUGAGGCCCUGCCGCCACCAAUUCGUGGCAUCCCUGUCCCCGUCAUCUUCUUCACUGAGCACGACGGAGCGGCGGACCCCGAUGGUGGCGCAGGACAAGAUGAGCUGCGCCGCCGCCGUGCCGCCGGUAGUGGCGACGAUCUCAUGCGUGUGGCUGGAGACGCCGACGUAGACGACACGCUCAGCAUCAAGCCCAUCCCACGGCUAAGCAGUGCAGCAGUCCUGCAUCCUCUUCUCCCUGGACAGGCCUACUUCUUCUGUGGGAACCACUAUGUUAUCAUCAAGGUCGCGCCCGGCACGACGGACGACACGAUCGUGUCAGGGCCACAUCUGCUAGUUGGUCAAUGGCCGUCGUUCGUCAAGGCCGGCUUCGGGAAUAUUGAUGCCGUGCUCCCGGACCCGCGUCCCGAGUUCAAACAGAUGAUGUAUUUCUUCUGUAUGGACAAGUACGUGCGCAUCAACAUCAUGCCUGGGACCACCACUGACUACAUCGUCGAUGGCCCCAAGGUGAUCGUCGAUGCAUGGCCAUCCCUGAAGAAGGCUGGAUUCAAGACGAUCGACACCGUCCUCCCGAACCCAGCGAAUAAGCAACAAGCAUAUUUCUUCAGCGGUGAGAAGUACGUCCGUGUCAAGAUUGCUCCUGGCACGAAUGACGAUGUCCUCUUGGAUGGUCCCAAGUCAAUUGUCGAUAACUGGCCGUCGCUCAAGCAGGCGGGCUUCAAAACAGUAGACGUAGCGCUCCCUAACCCGAGUGAUCAAUCUAUGGCAUACUUCUUCUCUGGAAAAAACUACGUCAAAGUCAAAGUCAAUCCUGGGGCAGAAGAUAGCAUCGUCGGCGGUCCGAGGGCCGUCUCAAGCGGUUGGCCGUCAUUGCAUCUGGCUGGAUUCUGGUGAGAAGUUACCGGGCAGCCUAUUGUCGUCUGAAUGCUGUGCAUUGCGUCGUGUGCACACCCUUGAUCCAUAUGUGUGUCAACCCUUCCUGUAUUGCGGUCUCAUACCGGACUUCCUUCCCCAACGAAAAUCCAGAAAAAAAUUGCUGUGAGAUCUCAUAAAAUUAAAAAACCCAUAUUCAGUUUCGUACCUUAGGCCUGUAUCAAAUUCCAUGUCGUGUUUCUGUUAGUUCAUUGCUGUGACAGUAAGCCUUAGUGACCUGUG